GUGGUGUGAGUGCCAGUCGCCGGCCUUGAGUGUGGCUGCUGUUGGGGCGGCGGCGGCAGCGGGGAGGAGGGACACAGCCGGGGGCCAGGAGCCGGGAGCAGCCGCAGGAGGUCAUGUUUGUGUUUGGGGUUGUCAAGUGAAGGAGGGAUCCCAGGCGCCGCCGCCGCCGCCGCGUGGGGGUCGCGGAGAUUCCGAGCUGCGGCCGCCGCCAUCAGCAGCGGCAGCUUCAGGGCCGGCUGCAGCGGCAGCGGCUUCCGCCGGGCGUCCUGGCAGCAGCAGAUGGAUUAAUUGAUGGACACUAAGUUUAUGGAGCUACCUUUUUGUGACCUGCUCUUCCUACAGUUUCUAAGAAGAAAAAGAGGCCCCUGAAUCAAAGAAGAUGCCGCGAACUAAGCAGAUUCAUCCCAGAAAUCUAAGAGACAAAAUUGAAGAAGCACAAAAAGAACUUAAUGGGGCGGAAGUGUCAAAAAAAGAAAUCUUAGAGGCUGGUAUUAAAGGAACUUCAGAAUCACUUAAAGGUGUGAAACGAAAGAAGAUUGUAGCUGAGAAUCACCUGAAAAAAAUACCAAAAUCCCCACUGAGAAAUCCUCUUCAGGCAAAACAUAAACAAAAUACAGAAGAAUCAUCUUUCACUAUUCUUCAGAGUGCUUCAGAGUCUCACAAGAAACAGAAUCAUAGUCCUGUAAAAAAUGGGAAGCAGUUUACCAAACAAAAUGGAGAAACACCUGGGAUAAUUGCUGAGGCCUCUAAGUUUGAAGAUGCUGUCUCCCCAAAGAAGCCCUUGUUUCUGCAGCACCCGUCUGAACUGCAUAGAUGGAGAUCAGAAGGCUCUAACCCUGCCAAGUUAAAUUUCCUAGAUGGAAAGUGUGACUCUAGUUCUUUGUCAAGUAAAUCCAGGACUGACCGUAGUGAAUGUACCUCUUCUAAUUGUAGUCCUACUUCCACCUCGUAUGCAAACACCGCAUUUGAUGUCUUACUGAAAGCAAUGGAGCCAGAACUGAGCACCUUGUCACAAAAGGGCUCAUCUUGCGCAGUAAAGGUAGAAAAACUGAGACCAAAUAAAACUGUACGACCCCCUUCUCAAUUAAAAAACAGCUCAACGGAUGCCCCAAAUCAGACUUCACAAGAACUUGUUGCUGAAUCACAGCCUUCUUGUACCUCAUACACAGUGCACGUGUCUGCUGCUCCAAAGAAUGAGCAAGCAUCAGUUCAGUCAGUUUCUCAUGCAUAUAAUCAACACGAACAUUUUGUUUCUAAAUCUAACCAACAAAAUCAACAGCUUCCAGUGUGUUCAGCUUUCACAAGAUCACUGACGAAUCUGCAAAAUCAAGAGAACACCAAACUUGAACAAGUUUAUACUCUAGCAGUGACAUCAUCUGUAGGUCUAACUUCAGUUUCCAGUAGAACUCAGGUUACUUCUCCAAACCAGCCAGUGGAUUCUGCUUCACCUACGUCAGUAAGUCCGGCCCAUUCUACCCAGUCACCCCCCACGCCAGUUUAUAAUUCAACUCCCAUCUCCUCUGUUGUUAAUCACAGUGUAGAGCAAAUGUGCAAUCUUCUUCUGAAAGAUCAGAAGCCAAAAAAACAAGGAAAAUAUAUCUGUGAAUAUUGCAAUAGAGCUUGUGCGAAACCAAGUGUGCUUUUAAAGCAUAUCCGCUCCCACACUGGAGAGCGACCCUAUCCCUGUGUGACCUGCGGAUUUUCAUUUAAGACUAAAAGUAACCUGUACAAGCACAAAAAAUCCCACGCACAUACCAUCAAACUGGGUCUCGUCUUGCAGCCAGAUGCCGGUGGUUUGUUCUUGUCACACGAGUCCCCCAAAGCACUUAGCAUCCAUUCAGAUGUAGAAGACAGUGGCGAGAGUGAUGACGAGAGCGCUGCCGAUGAAAGGCAGAACGACCCGGGCUCCAUGGACCUGCAGCCUGUGCAAAUAAUGAAAGUGGUAUCAAAUUCUGAAGCUUUGCCAAAAUCAAGUUUCAUUCCAGGCAGUGCAGACCAGGUGGUAGGUGACUUUUCACUACAGGACAAGUCUUCAGAAUCCCACACUGUGACCGAGUUACCAAAAGUUUUGGUCCACCCUGUCCAUGUGUCCCCUUUAAGACUUGAUAGCCCGAAGUGUCCAGAGCCUAAGCCUGAGCUUCCUAGUGCACAAAAGCAGAAGGACCUUCAGAUCACCAGUGUACUGACACAUUCAGCCUGGACGUCCUCCCUAGAGACUGUUGAAAAGUCCCGUCAGAAAGGGGACACAAGUCAGCCAGAGGGAAAACAAGAACCUCACGGAGGGACAGUUCACGCCCAGCUACAAAGGCAGCAGGCUACCGAUUACUCCCAAGAGCAACAGGGAAAACUUCUGAGCCCUCGAAGUCUAGGAAGUACAGAUUCUGGUUACUUCUCACGUUCUGAAAGUGCCGACCAAACGGUGAGUCCGCCAACUCCCUUUGCCAGAACAUUCCCUGCUACGGAACAAGACUUCAAUAAGAAUAACGGGCCCCCUGCACCUCGUGUCAGUACACCGGCAGCUUCUCCAUUACCAACAGGUGAAAAAGCAUUGUUUCUACCAGGUCAGAUGCGCCCACCUUUGGCAACCAAAACACUGGAAGAACGGAUAUCAAAGCUUAUCUCAGACAACGAAGCCUUGGUAGACGAUAAACAGCUGGAUAGUGUAAAGCCACGGAGAACCUCUCUCUCACGACGAGGCAGUAUCGAUUCCCCUAAAUCAUACAUAUUUAAGGACUCUUUCCAGUUUGACUUAAAACCAAUGGGACGGAGAACAAGUUCAAGCUCUGAUAUACCAAAGUCUCCGUUUACCCCGACGGAGAAAUCAAAGCAGGUGUUUCUUCUGUCCGUACCUUCCCUUGACUGUUUGCCUAUUACAAGAAGUAAUUCUAUGCCUACCACAGGUUAUUCAGCAAUACCUGCAAACAUCAUUCCUCCCCCUCAUCCACUGAGAGGAAGUCAGUCCUUUGAUGACAAAAUGGGCGCUUUCUAUGAUGAUGUGUUUGUAUCAGGCCCUAACACUUCCGUGUCCCAAAGUGCACAUCCCCGUACUCUGGUCAGGCAAGCAGCCGUGGAAGACUCUUCAACAAAUGAAAGUCAUGUUCUCGGAAGUGGACAGUCCUUGGAUGACGGCUAUCAAGGAUGCACUAGUGAAACUGCAUCCGCGCGGAGCAAGUCGUUGGCACCGGGCUCACAUUUAGAAAAAAAGAAGUCUCAUCAGGGACGAGGGACAAUGUUUGAGUGUGAAACCUGUCGAAACAGGUAUAGAAAACUGGAAAAUUUUGAAAACCAUAAGAAAUUUUACUGUUCAGAGUUACACGGGCCAAAAACCAAGGUAGCUAUGAGAGAACCCGAACACAGCCCCGCGCCUAGCAGCACACAGCCGCAGAUUCUGCACUACAGAGUCGCUGGUGCCACGGGGGUCUGGGAACAGACGCCCCAGAUACGGAAAAGGAGGAAAAUGAAAAGUGUUGGAGAUGAUGAUGAAUUGCAGCAACAUGAAAGUGGAGCUUCUCCCAAAAGCUCCGAAGGCCUUCAGUUUCAGAAUGCUCUGGGCUCUGCUUCCAGUUUGUCUAAACAUAAUGUGGUCAUAACAGGUGACCAGCAGCACAGAAACACACAUUUGCAAAACUCCCAAAUUCAGCUUGUUGCCCGAGGCCCCGACCAGACCGCGGAUCCCAAACUGUCUACCAUCAUGGAACAACAGAUAAGUUCGGCGGCCCAGGACAAGGUAGAGUUGAAGAGACAUGGCACGGGAAUCUCAGUCAUCCAACAUACAAACUCACUCAGCAGACCCAGUUCAUUCGACAAGCUGGAGUCUUUUGAAAGAGGCUCCCCGGUUUCUUUCCAGGAGCUGAGUAGAACAGGAAAGCCCGGGUCCCUGAAAGUGAUGGGCGUGUCCCAAGAGGAAGGUCGCCAUUCUCGGAGCGCCUCUCAUCGUCAGCAGCCGGCCCUGUCGGAUGCCCUUGGAGGAGAACUUCAGGAAGGUUUAGGAAAGAGUGCCAGUGAACGGCACGUGUUGGGACCGCCCGCAAGACUGGUUCGGCAGCACAACAUCCAAGUCCCGGAAAUCCUGGUCACAGAAGAGCCAGACCGGGACCUCGCAGCCCAAGGCCCCGAUCAGGACAGAUCGGAUAGGUUCAGCUGGCCUCAGCGUAGUGAAACUUUGUCAAAAUUGCCGACAGAGAAACUGCCUCCCAAAAAGAAGAGGCUUCGUCUUGCUGAGAUAGAACAUUCCUCAACCGAAUCAAGUUUCGAUUCCACCGUCUCCAGGAGUCUCAGUAGGGAGAGUAGUUUAUCUCACACUUCAAGUUUCUCAGCUUCAUUAGAUGUAGAGGACAUUUCGAAAACGGAGGCUUCCCCCAAAAUCACUUUUCUCAAUAAAGCAGAGUUUCUCAUGAUUCCGCCUGGCUCUGCUACGCUUAACAUCCCUGGAAGCCACCGGGAAAUGAGGCGUGCUGCCUCAGAACAGAUUAACUGCAUGCAGAUGUCGAUGGAGGUCUCUGAUUUCAGAAGUAAAUCCUUUGACUGUGGGAGUAUCACUCCACCUCAGACAGCACCACUUGCUGAACUGCAGCCUCCAGCGUCCACUUCUGGCGUGGGGGUGACUGCGCAUGUGCCUCUCUUAGAAAGAAGGAGAGGUCCAUUGAUACGGCAGAUAUCUUUAAACAUAGCUCCAGAGAGUCACCUGGCUCCCGGGAAUCCAUCAUCUUUCCAAACUGUUGCUCUUCCUGGUGCAAAUGCAGUGCCAUUUCCGGGGCCUCAGCUCACUACUACAUCCUUAGCUGAAUUUCCUGCCAGUACUGUCCACUCCCAGAUUCAAGUUAGGAAUCUACAAACAGAAACUUCAAAUUCUAACUCUACUAACAUCUUUCCAGUCCAACAGCUUUUUAGUAUCAAUUUGUUAAACCACAUCCAUGCACCCCUUAGCCACCAAAACACACAGGUGUCUUUGCCAGUGUCUACGCAGAGUGUCAAACCAGAUGCAAAUCCCAGUGUAUGUGCAGCUUCUAAAAGUGAGGAUUGCUUUGCUCCCAAGUACCAACUUCAGUGUCAGGUUUUCACUACAAGCCCGUCUUGCUCUUCUAAUCCCGUGCAUUCUUUGCCAAAGAAAGUUCUUUCAGAUCCAGGUGGGUCCGACCAUCGUGCAACUCCGUUAGCAUUACAAACCAAAUUAGUAGAUGCCACGUCUAAUUCAUGUCCUCCACCACCAGUGAAGCUCGGGCCGCUUGGGGGGCAGGUGCAGAAGGUGCCGACAUCGUUUGCGCCGCCCGUGCACCUGCCGAGCAAGGUUCCAGCAUACGGCUUUGCCGCUGUCACACCUCUGCCCCAAAUCCUGGUGACCCAGGAUCUGUCCAGUCAGCCAAUUUGCCAGGCCAGUCAUAGUGUGGUGCCAAUCAGCGGAGACCAAAAUUUCCUGCCAAAAUUGCAAAAAGGUCACCAGAAUGCUCUGCCAAACCCAGAGGAAGAACCUGUUUGUGAAAGUGUUUUUUCAGAGAUGGGCCAAAAUUCUUCUCUGUCAGAAUCCUUGCCUGUAACUCCAAAAAUGUCUAUUGGUAGACUCUCCCCUCAACAAGAAUCUCCAGCUUCAAGUAAAAGGAUGCUUUCCCCGGCGAAUAGUUUAGACAUUGCCAUGGAAAAACACCAGAAGAGAGCUAAAGAUGAAAAUGGAGCUGCUUGUGCAACAGACGUUAGACCAUUUGAGCCACUGAGUCCAAGAGCUAAUGAAGUUAAUAAACAGAAGAAACCUGUGUUAGUGAGGCAGGUUUGUACGACAGAGCCCCUUGAAGGUGUGAUAUCAGAGCAGGAUAUUUUUUCUCAACCUGAAAUUAGUAGUGAGGCUGUUAAUUUGGCAGAUGUUGUACCUGCUGAUCGUUUGUCGUCAGGAUACUCUAAGGCUGUAGUUAUAGAACCUAUAAAAGAACUGCAAGAAUUUGAAAACAUCAAGUCCUCUAUAGCACUGUCUCCUGCAGUUAGAAAUUCACCUGUUCCUUCAGUAAAUACCUAUAUUUCUCCUUUGGAACGUGUAGACAGUAACCAAGAAAGGAAGUCUCCAGAGAUUAAAAAUCCAGCUGACCAAGUGAGCAUCCAAGAACAAAGUCCGCCUACAACUGCCACUCUUUCAGUGUUGGCUGCUGGAGAUAGGCAGCAGCUGUCUUACCCCAGCUUGAAGACCACGACCAGCUUUACAUGGUGCUAUCUGUUAAGACAGAAAACGUUACAUUUGCCUCAGACUGACCAGAAAACUUCGGCCUACACUGACUGGACAGUCAGCGCCAGUAAUCCCAAUCCACUUGGUUUGCCUACAAAAGUUGCUCUUUCUCUCCUUAAUUCAAAACAGAAGACUGGGAAAUCACUCUAUUGUCAAGCAAUAACCACCCAUUCCAAAUCAGAUUUAUUGGUCUAUUCAAGCAAAUGGAAAAGCAACUUAAGCAAGAGAGCAUUAGGUAAUCAAAAGUCCACAGUAGUUGAAUUCAGCAAUAAAGAUGCCUCUGAAAUUAACAGUGAGCAAGAUAAAGAAAAUUCCUUAAUCAAAAGUGAACCAAGAAGAAUUAAAAUAUUUGAUGGAGGAUAUAAAUCAAAUGAAGAGUAUGUAUAUGUCCGAGGCAGGGGAAGAGGAAAGUACAUUUGUGAAGAAUGUGGAAUACGUUGUAAGAAACCUAGUAUGUUAAAGAAACACAUACGAACCCACACAGAUGUCCGUCCCUACCACUGCACUUACUGUAACUUCUCCUUUAAGACAAAAGGAAAUCUGACAAAACACAUGAAGUCCAAGACACAUAGCAAGAAAUGUGUGGAUUUAGGCGUCUCAGUAGGUUUAAUAGAUGACCAAGAUGCAGAAGAAUCAGAUGAAAAACAAAGAUUCAGUUGUGAGCGGUCUGGAUACGUCGAUGAAUCUGAUGGGGCGGAUGAGGAUGAUAAUGAGAACGAGGAUGAGGAUGAAGACAGCCAGGCUGAGUCGGUCGUGUCGGCAGGCCCCUCCGUCACAGCCAGCCCGCAGCACCUGCCGUCCCGCAGCAGCCUGCAGGACUCCGUGAGUGCUGACGAGGAUAGCAGGAUUACCGACUGCUUUCCUGGGCUCCACACAGACCCAAUGGACGUCCUGCCCAGAGCGCUGCCCACCAAGAUGACCGUACUUAGCACAGUGCAGUCCGACUACGGCAGGAAGACAGAGGUGCCCGCGAGGGCCAGGCAGCACGCUGCACAAGACGAAGAGGAAACAGCUGCUCCUACAGACGCUUCCAGGUCACCUGAAGCUGCCCCCACCUCCCCAUGUCAUCGCAUGUCUGUAGACUACCCUGAAUCAGAAGAAAGUCUGAGCUCUGUGGCUCGAAAGGCUUUACGCAGGUAAAUGAACACAGCCUCUGUGAGACUGCUUCCCCCUGCAGCUGAGCACAGCCCUCUGACAGCAACGGGGAUUCCUUCAGUGGCCUCGCCUCAGUCUGACGCUCAAGGAGAGAAGCAGCAAGUCACUCUCGCACCGACUCCAGGCCUGCCUUCUCCCCAGACUCAUUUGUUUAGCCACCUUCCUUUGCAUUCCCAGCAGCAAUCAAGGACACCUUAUAAUAUGGUUCCAGUCGGGGGAAUCCACGUAGUACCUGGUGGCCUCACGUAUUCUACGUUUGUACCCAUUCAAGCUGGGCCAAUGCAGCUUACGAUUCCUGCUGUCAAUGUAAUUCACAGAACUGUGGGCACUCCUGGGGAUACGAUCACAGAAGUUUCUGGCACUACAAAUCCCGCUGGAGUGGCUGAAUUAAGCAGUGUCGUGCCAUGUAUUCCCAUUGGCCAAAUCCGUGUGCCAGGCCUGCAGAGCCUCAGUACCCCGGGCUUGCAGUCUCUUCCGUCACUGAGCAUGGAGACCGUCAAUAUUGUGGGCCUCGCCAAUACAAACAUUGCCCCUCAAGUACACCCGCCGGGGCUGGCUCUCAAUGCUGUGGGGCUGCAAGUUUUGGCUGCGAAGCCUCCGUCGCAGAGCAGCCCCACCCCUCAGGCACACGUUCCUGGCCUCCAGAUCUUGAACAUAGCGUUGCCUACUUUAAUUCCCUCAGUGAGUCAAGUUACCGUGGAUGCACAGGGAGCCCCUGAAACACCAGCUUCCCAAAACAGAGCCCGCGAGGCGCACCCCAGGCCGACUUCUGUGGCCAGUGCAAGUCAGGGCAGCCGGACCGCGUCUCCUCAGGGCUCGCCGCAAGUCCAGCGGGAACGCAAACAAGUGCUAGAUCCACCUGCCCCUGCAAGAGACCAUGCAGGGCUUGAGGGCUCAAGUCAGAUGGACACAGGGAAGGCUGCCUCAGUCAAUCACGAGAAGCCCAAGCACGAACUCCCUUCCGUUCAGGGCAAACCGGCAUCUGUGUCAGAGCCUCUGCUCAAGGCACAGCCCCCAGUUUUCCCAGAGCUUUCAGGCCAGCGGACUCUCUCUCCAGACAGGCCGAUGCCCAGGCCCACGGCCCUAUCUCGGAGGCAGGCCAGCCAGUUCAGUGAUGUGAGUAGUGACGACGACGAGGACAGGCUGGUGAUAGCGACCUAGUGGCAUUUUAUUUAGGGGGUGUUUUGUUUUGUUUGUUUUCUUUUUUAUAUAACACUUAAAUGUUUCUUUGAAAACCCUCCUUCCCUUAAAGCACAUUUUUUCUGACAUUAACUCAUGACUAAUCUUUGUGCAAUCAUGAAAUUUUGACCAAUAAUUGUUUUGUGUCAGCUCCAGCCAUUUUUGUACAUGUUGUAUAGACAAUUGUGCCUUUUAGGAGUUUUAUGUUUAGAGACUGUACAGAUUGUUGAAUAUCUAUAUACAUAAAAUAUAUAUAUUAUAUAUAUAUAUAUAUAUAUAUGUAUGUAUACACACACACACACACACACACAUAUAUAUAUAUAUAUAUAUGAAAACCAGGUAGUUAUUUGUGUUUAGUAAGAAAAACCUGUCAAAUAAAUCAACUGAUUAAAUUAUAUGUUGCACUGUUAAGUAUAAAUUUCUAUGGCUGUGGAGCAGAGUUUCUGUGUACAAAUUAGUAUGUAAACUCCAUAUUUAUUGUAUUCAUAUUAGUCUUUGAAAAUAGGUCUGUCCUUCUUGCGUAGACAGUAACUUUACACGUCAGACAGAUUUUCUGUGUUAUGAAAUGUUUCAGUAAAAUAUUGA